AUGGAAACACAAUUCCAACUUUUGUUUGAUAAAAUGAAAUUGGAAAUGCAACAACAAUCGGUGGAAAUUACCGAAACCAUCACAAAUAGCAUAAUGUCAAGAAUGGAUGACAAAUUAAUGCCGAUUCUGGAAGAAAAUAAAUUCUUAAAACAAAAAAUAGAAACUCAGGAGAAAGAAAUAGAAUAUCUAAAAAGAGAAAAACGAAAUAACAAUAUAAUUAUAUUUGGUGUGGAUGAAAAAGAAAGAACAGCAAUGGAAUUAAUAAAUAGUAUUAAGAACAUCCUUAAAAGGGACGUAAAUAUUGAUAUGGAUGAAAAUGCAAUAAACAAAAUAUAUAGAUUAGGGAAAAUAACAAAAGAAAGUAAUAAACCAAGGCCAGUACUGUGUUCAUUCGUAAACGAAUGGCGAAAGAAUGAAAUAAUGAGAAAAAAGAAAGAUCUUAAGGAGAUAUAUAUUACUGAAGACUAUCCAAGGGAAGUUCUGGAAAAAAGAAAGGCAUUGCAGGUAAAGUUAUUGGAGGAAAGGAAGAAAGGGAAAAUAGCAUUUUUGAAAUAUGACAAGCUCGUAAUAAAGGAAAAUGAUCCAAUCAACGAUAAAAGAAAAAGAGAAACUUCUUCUUCUCCAAAUUCCUCAGAUGUUCAGCCAAAAAAACAACAAGCCAUAUCCUUCAAAGCCAAUAGAACGAACGCAUUCGACGUAAUGAGAAUGAGAUCUACCUCUCUUUCUAACGUUUCUUCAAAUAAACAACAGUAGCAACUAAAU